CAUAGUCGGAGCGGAGCAAUUUUGAGAAGUGAAAAACUUUUGCAUCACAAGUAAAAUAUUUAAAUUAAGACAAAUGUGUAUUUGAAAUUUUUAUUUAACUCGUGCAAAAAUCUACAUGAAUAUAUGUACAUACAUACAUACAAUUAAAUAUACUGAAGUGCAUAAGUGUAUCAUCCAUUCAAAUUACGAUGAAAGUGAGAAUGUUACGACAGAAUUGUUUGUCCAUUCUAUUUCUAAGCUCGAUCGUACUAUGUGUUGCGCUACCCACUAACAACACUCCAACAGGAGAGAUAAUCGCGAAUAGCGCCGUUAAUGCGCCAACGAUUGCAAAUACAAUUGCAAUAGACACAAUGCAAAAUGGUUUGAACGAAAUCGAAAGUGAAUAUCGUAUCAAAUACGCCGAACAAAUGCUGACGUAUAUGAAUCGAUCGGUGGAACCGUGUGAUGAUUUCUACGAAUAUGCCUGUGGCAAUUGGAAGAAUGUAAUUCCCGAACGUCAAUCGCAACAUAAACGUAGUAAUCUUAUCGAUAUUGUUUAUAGUUUGGGUGAAGCCAUUGAACAAUUGCUUUUACAAGAUUCACCACCGCAUGAAAACUUCAAGUUUACAUCGGAAUUGAAUUUGACAAAGCGAAUUUAUAAGGGUUGUUUAGCGGCUGAAUUGUAUCCAUUGAAAAAAUCCGAAGUGUAUUUGGAGAUUAUCAAAUCGAUUGGUGGCUUUCCUGCUGUUGAUGAGACUUGGAAAGCUGAUAACUUUAGUUGGUUCAAUAUGAGCGCACACUUAACAAAUUAUGGUGCUGUCGGUUUGAUUAAAGAAGAAAUACUGCCGCAAUAUCCGUUUCCGCCAUACUUCAAACUACCCACUUUAGGUUUCGAAUAUGUUGUACACUCAGAUAACAUACACACUAAUAGUUCCCACGAGUUGAAUGAAAAACGUAUGCGUGAUUACUUGCGUUUGUAUGGCGUUGAUGAUGAGCAAAAAAUUGAACGGAUCGUUGCUGACAUCGUUGAGACCUGGUCUGCUAUACUCAAUAUAACAGAUGAUUUUCAUGAAGAUCUCACUGAAUGUGAAGUGAUAACAGCUGCAAUGGACAUAAACGAAUUCCAGCAAUGGGAUAGUUAUAUGGAAAUUGCAUGGAAUGGUACAAAAUUUGAUUUGGAUGAGGAUACUUGGCCCUGCCACUACUUUUACAACGAGCUCGACAAAGUGUGCAAUGAACGCAAAGAGGCGGUGGCCAAUUAUUUGGCUUUGAAAUUUAUCCACCGUAUGGAUGCGCGUUUACAGGAUACAAAAUUUCAAACGGAAUAUUGUAAUAUGAUGAUUCAAUAUGUAUCACCUCAUCUUUUAAAUGAAAUCUAUAUGAAUGAAUAUUUCGACGAUGAAAUCCAUGGAGAAAUUAGUGAUAUUGUUAGCGAUGUACGGAAAAGUUUACGGGAAAUAUUGGAACAAGCCGACUGGUUGGAUAAGAAAACAAGGGAGCAGGCUUUGAUGAAGGAGGCUGCCAUAAAACCAUAUAUUGGAAGCUAUCAGAACAAAAAUGUGACAGAUCGUUUGAUUAAACAAAUGCAGCAGCUCUCCUAUGUGGAAGGCAAUUAUGAACUGAAUUUGGCGAACCUGUACAAAUUCAGAGCAGGGCAGAAACGUUUCAAUGGCCUACAUCACAAAGAAUAUGAUAAUACGACAAUUCAACCAUUGGAGCUGUUGACGGGUAUUCAAGUGAAUGCCUUCUACUACAAUGUCGAUAAUUCAAUUUGUGUUAUGGCUGGCAUACUGCAUCCGCCGGCAUAUCACAAAGCGUGGCCAGCAGCUCUUAAAUUUGGCACUAUUGGUUACUUGGUAGGACACGAGUUUACGCAUGGUUUCGACUCAGUGGGUGCACAUUACAACAGCGUCGGUGAGGAGAAUUACUGGUGGUCGCAGAAGGCAGGCAAAGUGUUCAACGAACGUGAAGAAUGUUUCGUCAAUCAAUAUAAUGCUUACAAAAUACCUGAAAUUAAUCGUUUUGUCGAUGGCAAUCAGACAAAAGAUGAGAACAUAGCUGAUAGUGGUGGUUUGAGGGAGGCAUUCUCUGCAUAUCAAAGACAUGUAAAGCAAUUGAAUUUGAAACCAAAGGAUGAACGAAUGCCCGGAUUGGAUCUAACACCCGAACAGCUAUACUUUGUCGGAUUUGCACAACUUUGGUGUGCAUCGUACAAGGAGAGGCAUUAUUGGGAGGAGUUAACGAACGAGCAUACAAUGGACAAAUUUCGCGUGUUAGGCGCAGUGACGAAUAUUGAAGAAUUCAGUAAAGCAUACAAUUGCCCAGUGGGUAGUAAAAUGAAUCCAGCAGAAAAUAAAUGCCGUGUAUGGUAAUAUUAAAUUUAAUACUAAGAGUAUAUAGAAAUAAUUUAAUUCACAAAAGUGUAUGUAAGUGGCAAAAGUAGUAAAUACAGGAAAAUUAAUUGCAGUAAUGUUAUUGUAACCGGAUAAAACCACAAAUAUUUAGUGCCAACGAACGCUAAUGAAAAUAAAUGAUUGAGUUAAUUUGACAGUGAA